CGUCCAUCCCUCACCAGCACGGAGCAGCGCCGCUGUCCUUUCCACCCCGAUCUUCUGUUCGCCUCUGCUUCCGCUUCCGCUUCUGCCGCGACCUCACCAGCCAUUUGGCUCAUUCCCUUCACAGCUCGACCUUGGCCCAUCCGCACCCUCCCUUGCCCGCGCGGUGCCUUUCGUCAUUGCCGCCUCGAUUGGUUUCACGGCACUUCUUUGCCGUCUUCAAUCCACUACCUAGCCUCAUGCAUACUCACGAUACGCGCUAGCGGCUUCACGACUGCGACGCCCCCCCUUCACAAUGGCCUUCAAGUGGCUGCUAUCUUCUCUUCUCCUUUCGCAGGCCGAAGCCUUCUAUAUUCCCGGCUGGUCCGUCAAGAGCUACCAUGAGGGCGAGCACAUCCCCCUGAUGGUCAACAAGGUCUAUUCCGACAAUACACAACUGCAGUAUGCAUACUACGACCUGCCAUUUGUCUGCCCGCCUACCGGCAGGAGUGUCGGCUCCAUCCUUAGCGGCCAAAGCAUCCCAUUGAACCUCGGCGAAGUCCUCCGCGGCGACCGAAUCACCACCUCUGACAUCGACCUCGCCCUCGGGCACGACAACGAAUGCAGCUACCUCUGCACUCAGCAAGUCACGAGGCGAGAUCUCAAGCGGGCAAAAGAACUGGUCAAGGAUGGAUACGUGGUAGAAUGGAUUGUGGACAACCUCCCUGGAGCGACCAGCUUCGUGACGGUCGACAAGUCUCGCAAGUACUACGCAGCCGGCUUCAAGCUUGGCUUCACGGACUACUCCUCUGCCACUGGCAAGCCCCGCUACUAUCUGAACAACCACCACACCAUCGUUAUUCGGUAUCGAUCCGCGCCAGGCAGGGCGGGCGACAAUGGCGGCAAAGUUGUUGUCGGCUUCGAGGUCUAUACCAAGAGCGUCGGCGCGAGCACGCCUCGAGGAAAAGACAAUUGUCCGCUCGACUUGAAGGAUGUAGAGGACAAAUUUGAACUUUACAUUGCACCGAACAAGACGACUGACCUCCACCAGCAAUAUCCGGACUCGUCCUAUUACCCGAGCAUCGAGGAGGGUGACGACAAUGAUACCAUCGACGUCCCGUACACGUACUCGGUCUACUUCCGCGAGGAUGAUACAAUCGAGUGGAACCGCCGUUGGGACCUCUACUUUGUGAACCAGGAGGAGGGGUCCAAGAUCCACUGGCUGGCCAUUGUGAACUCCUUGAUCAUCUGUGGUCUUUUGACCGGAAUCACAAUGAUGAUCUUGGCCAAGACUAUCAGAACCGACAUCAAGAAUUUCAAGGAGGGAACUAUGGAGGAUGGGAAGCUCAAGAUCAAGCGCAAGGCCAAGUCCGGUGCUCAAACCCCGAGGGUAGAGAAGCAGGGGCUUGGGCUACUCGAGCCUGCAACCGACGCUGAUGCGAUCGACGACAUCUCUUCUGAAGACGAGGCUCUCGAGGAUGUCACGGGCUGGAAACUUCUUCACGCAGAUGUCUUCCGCAAGCCCCAGUAUGGCUACUUGCUUGCCCCACUUGUUGGCUCCGGCAUGCAGCUCUUGUUCAUGGCUGUCGGUCUCAUCCUGCUCAGCGCUAUCGGCGUGUUGAACCCAAGCUUCCGUGGUGGCUUCAUCAGUGCCGGCUUUGGCUUGUUUGUAUUUGCUGGUGCCUUUUCGGGCUACUUUUCGGCCAAAGUCUACAAGACCUUUGACGGCACGAACCAUGUCAAGAACGCGCUGGUCACCGCCUUGUUGUUUCCAGGUCUCUUCUUUGGACUCGUCUUCAUCCUUAAUCUGUUUGUAUGGGCACAAGCCUCCAGCACGGCAAUCCCAUUCGGCACUCUAGUCGGCAUUGUAUUUCUAUGGCUGUGCAUCCAGGUUCCGCUCGUCUACGUGGGUUCCUGGUAUGGCUUCGUCAGGACAGGCGCUUGGGAGCACCCGACCAAGACGACCAGCAUUCCCCGACAGGUUCCCCCACAGGCGUGGUAUCUACAGAGCCUGCAGUCUAUCCUUCUUGCCGGCCUUAUUCCCUUUGCUGUCAUCUUCAUCGAACUACUCUUCGUCUUCCAGUCUAUGUGGCAGGACAAGAGCGGAUACUACUAUGUAUUUGGCUUUCUCUCGGUUGUCUCGAUCAUCCUCAUAUUCACCAUCGCCGAGGUCACGAUUGUUACCGUCUACGUGCAGCUCUGCUCUGAGAACUAUCACUGGUGGUGGCAGUCAUUCGCUGUCGGAGGCGGCAGCGCCAUCUGGAUAUUCCUGUACUGCGUCUGGUACUAUUUUGUGAAGCUGCACAUCACCGGCUUCCUCAGCUCGCUCCUUUUCUUCGCAUACAGCUUCAUGGCCUGCUGCAUGUAUGGCCUCUUGACCGGCACCAUCGGCUUUCUGACGGCAUAUGCCUUUGUCCGGAGGAUAUACGGUGCGAUCAAGGCGGAUUAGCGCAACCUGCACCACUGGAGGACUCUUUUGGUGCCCUACGCAUCCCAGACAGUGAUAGGAGAAGAGGAAAGCGAGGGGGGUUGAAAAAGAGAACCCAAGGAAGAAAGAAGAAAAAAAACACUAAAAGCUUAGAUAUAAUGUAAUCUUUUGGACAAGGGCCCUCCAAACCGCAAUGGCAGAUGCGGGGCCGGGGAACAUUACAUAUAAAUAGGACUCCAUGGAUAGUUCAUACAUACACGAAACAAGUUGUAAAACACUCAC